CACAAAAAACAAACAAACAAACAAAAACAAACAAAAAAAAGUGGAUAUAGAGGGCCCAGAUUCCAAUUGUCAGACAGCAGGGUCUGUCUGAUGCCCAGGACCCUGAGCCUAGUCCCAAACAGACAGAUGAUCCUCAGCCAGCUGAGUCUGCUCAGUGGGGUCUGGCUGCCCACAAGCUCAGGGAGGCCUGGACGGUGGGUACCCCCACCUCAGCCCCGGGCUGCUGCCAGUCAGAUCCAGGCUCCAGGUCAAGGGUCCCCAGCUUUCCCAGUGCCAUCCUUUUCCUCUGUCCUUGGCAGCUGGAAGGUCUUCUUGGGCCUCCCGAAAACUGGGCAUCUGAGGAUAGGCGGGCUGCAGCGUGGGCAGGACGUGGCUGUCACUGUGUCUCUGCCACUAGACCCAUGUUCAGAGAUGUUGAAUAAUUUGCUCUACACACAGCCAGCAGAUGGCAGAGUCAGGAUUCGAGUCCAGGCAUCCAUGCCUGUCAAGGUACAAUGGAAUCUCUGGCUCCAGACUCCACUGCCAGAGACUCCACUCAUCUCUGUGUCUCUGCCCUCAGAUGCUCUCCUAGGUUGCAUGGCUGUCCACCUCUGCAAACUUCUCUACUUUGGCCACGGCUCCUUCUACAUCCCCAGCUCAGACCGUGAGCAGCUCAUCCUCUGCAAGAGCUGUGUGUCCACUUGCAAGCAUUGGGCAACUGUGGUCCUCUGGUGUCGGGCAGUCAGCCUAGCCUCCCGUCAGUGGGUGAAGAUGUCCACUGUGCUGAUUGAGGGGUGUCAGUGCAGCCCAAAGGCAUGAGCUGAGCAUCAUGGGUAAAUACAUAGAUGCACGCACCUGGAAGAGAUGGGGGAAGUCAGGCCGACCUGGACCACGCACACUGGGUCAAGAGACCAGGAUUGCAAGGACUGCCAGACAGAUUGCCAGUGUCCUCACCCUGCUCCCAGGGACACCAGGCACAGCCCCAGCCCUGGGGGAGGGUGCUCUCAUAGUCUGAGCACACUUAUUGAGCACACACUCUUUGCCAGGCCCUGCUCUGAGUGGUUGCACUUACUAACUUGUGUCAUCCUCAAAGCAGCUCCAUGACACAGAGGUUUGUAUCAUCCCAUUUUAUGGAAAAGGAAACUGAGGCCCCAAGAAGUGAAGUCACCCACUCAGAGUCACACCACUGUAUGUGGCAGAGCCAGCAUUCCAACUCAAGCCAUGGUG